AAAUCUUAGACAAUCUUAAUCUGGCUCUGCCAUGUUUUUUCUUUGCCUCACCACUGAUUUAACACGUCAUUAUUAACCUCAAGAGACGAUGAACAACCACAUUUUGUUUCGUAAUGGAAAUUUACUUGAAUAAUAUCUUUAUUUACUACAAGUAUAUGUUAUACAGACCAUAGCUAACAUCAAUAACAUAAUACUAUAUAGAAAGUGACUUGUUAUGUUCAGCAUUCAGGGUAAAUUAGGUCAGUUUUGUCCUAGGAUGCAACCCACACCAGUCAACUAACACCCAGGUACCCAUUUUAAUAAAUUGAUGGAUGACCAGGGACAGCAGGUGUCUUAUGGAAACACGUCCCUAAUGUUUUGCAGCCGUGCCGGAGGAGAUUCGAACUCCGGACCUCAGUGUGUGAGCUGAGUGUGCUAGAGAUCGAGCUACGGGACACCUUACUAAUAAUGAUUGUUAAACCUGAUUGCCUCAAAUUCCCCAUUCACUUUAUUAUCUGUGGAAACUUAUUUGGCCCCGAAGUUCCAAAAGGCAAAUACGCCGUAUGAAGGCCCUAACAUGUCACGGAUGGAACGUCUGAGUUGGCGGGCCCUUACAUCUACCCAAAACACACACGUACACCCGGGUGGCGAAGGUGGUUGGAAGACACCACUCAUUAAACCUGUCAUAACACCACGAUUUGCUGUGGCUUGCUCCUUGGAUCAAAUGAAGCAACUGGGCCAGCUUGCCAAAAAGCAUGACUGUCAUAUCCAGACUCAUUUAUGUGAAACACAAGCAGAGGUUACCUGGAUUCAAGAGCUUUUUCCUUGGUCAAAGUCUUACACUGAUGUUUAUGACACUGCAGGACUGCUUGGAGCAAAGACCAUCAUGGCACAUUGUGUGUGGAUGGAAGAGCAGGAGUUGAAACGACUGAAGGAAUGUAAUACAGGGGUGGCUCACUGCCCCAAUUCAAACAUAUCAAUUCGUUCUGGGCACUGUGACGUCAGACAACUUAUUUGUCGAGGAAUUAAAGUUGGACUUGCAACAGACUGUUCUGGAGGAUAUAGUUCUUCUAUGUUGGAUUCCUUCGACGGGCACUGGAUUGUGUCUAAGAGUAUGUCCAUACAGCGUCAGAAUUACCAGUUUCUCACCUUGCCUGAAGUCUUCCGUUUAGCUACACUUGGAGGAGCUCAAGUGGUAAACAUGGAAGAUCGCAUUGGUAAUUUUGAAAUUGGUAAAGAGUUUGAUUCACUUUUGAUCGACUUCGAGGUUCCUAGGUCACCUCUGGACAUCUUUGACAAGGAUACACUGGAGGACAAGAUCCAUAAGUUCCUUUACAAUGGUGAUGAUCGCAACAUUGUUCAGGUAUAUGUGGCUGGCCGGUGUGUCAUCAACAACAAAAACUGUUACCACAGUUGUGAACUGUUGCAGCCACAGUAUUAAGACAGAGUCUACACUUGACAAACUUUUUUUUUUUCAACGUUAGCAACUGUCUCCCACUGAGGCAGGGAUCAGACCCUGAUCCACUGCAAGGCCUGGUCAUGGACUGGGCCGCAGAA